GCGGCGCUGGUUUGCGGAGUCGGGUCUGGACGCAGCAGCUCGAGCGGAGGCCGCGGCCCGGAUCCCUGAAGCUGCAACAGGAGCCAUGCGCCGCCCGAGCAGGCUUGUGCUGCUGGGGUCAGUGCUGAUGACACCGAUCACCGCUUCCGAGCCGGGGCUGGUGCCUGAGCACCAGGACAUCUGGGCCGACUUCUGGCUGAUUCGCUUCCUCGUGAACCUUUCCGGUUACGCAACUAUCAUCCUUCCUGGCUACCUGCUCCUGCAAUACUUCCGGAGGAAAAACUACCUGGAAACGGGUCACGGCCCCUGCUUCCCCAUCAUUAAAGCCUGUGUGUUUGGGAACGACCCGAAGCCCGGCUUCCAGGAAGAUGUGUCUGUGGUGUCCCGAAUCGAGGAGACACCAUCUUCCUCCACUAAACAAGCCUUGAAGUUGCUGGCGUGUGUGGUGGGGCUGCAGAUGUCCUACCUGACGUGGGGGGUCCUGCAGGAGCGAGUCAUGACCAGAAGCUACGGCAAGACGGAGACCGAGCCGGGAGAGAAGUUCCACGACUCUCAGUUCCUGGUCUUCAUGAACCGAAUCCUAGCCUUCACGGUGGCGGGGGUUUACUGCGCGCUGACCAAACAGCCGCGGCACGGUGCCCCCAUGUACAAGUACUCAUUUGCUUCGCUCUCCAAUGUGAUGAGCAGCUGGUGUCAGUACGAGGCCCUGAAGUACAUCAGCUUCCCUACCCAGGUGCUGGCCAAGGCCUCCAAGGUCAUCCCCGUCAUGCUGAUGGGCAAGGUGGUGUCACGCAAGAGCUAUGAGUAUUGGGAAUACCUGACGGCCAUGCUGAUCUCCUUGGGCGUCAGCAUGUUCCUCCUCGCCCGCGGAGAAAGCAAGAACUCCUCCACCGUCACCACCUUCUCUGGGGUGGUCAUCCUGACCGGCUACAUCCUCUUCGACAGCUUCACCUCCAACUGGCAGGAUGCCCUCUUCAAGCACAAGAUGUCCUCGGUGCAGAUGAUGUUCGGGGUGAACCUCUUUUCCUGUCUCCUGACGCUGGGUUCACUGCUGGAACAGGGAGCACUGCUGGAGUCUGUGAGCUUCAUGGCCCGGCACUCGGAGUUCGCCUGCCACGCGGCCCUGCUCUCGGUCUGCUCUGCCUUCGGCCAGCUUUUCAUCUUCUACACCAUCGGCCAGUUCGGUGCGGCCGUCUUCACCAUCAUCAUGACCCUGCGCCAGGCGCUGGCCAUCCUGCUCUCCUGCCUCAUCUACGGCCACUCCAUCACCAAAGUGGGGGUUCUGGGCGUUACCAUCGUCUUCGUGGCGCUCUUUCUGCGCGUCUACGCCCGGAGCCGAGUGAAGAAGCGGCCAGGAGGCGCAAUGCAGAAUCCUGUGCAGAAAGUGUGAUCGAUCGGUCUUUUGGAUCCUCCGAAUCUCGCUGCACAGUUUUUUUUAUAUAUAACUCAUUUAGCCUCUUGACUGUUUUUUUACACCCACGUACAUACGCCCACACACGUGUAAAUAUAUAUAAUGUACAUUAUGAAAGGGAGUUUGCAGCUUGGGAGAGCAGUUGGAUUAACAGAGGGAAUGGGCGAUGCAGGGAAUCAUUCUGCAUGGCCUUUGACAACCCUCUCCCCCCCAAACAGCACCCCCCCCCACACUCAGCAACAACAACUUGCAUUUUUAAAGCAUUAUAAAGCGCCCUUCACACAGGGCAGCAUCUUGGAGUGUUUAACAUUGGCCAGUUCCACUCCACAUUGGGUUGAGCUAAUUGCAUUCAAAGUUGCAAUUGCACUUUAUAUAGCGAAAUCUCGCGUAGGUGGGAGAACGCACUGAUACAAUAGGUCCAAUGGCCUCCCAAUGUGUCACGUUUCUAUCGUCCUAGAUCUCCCUGGUUGAGGAGGAGGAAUAGGAGGGAAGGAGAGGAGAGAAUCAGCUAUAUUUUUCUCUGGCUCAAACACUACUGUUCUUAUGGAGGCGCUGGGUGAUGCAGUGGGUCAGCCUUUGCUCUUUAUUGUGAUAAAGUGGUAAAUACCCUCCUCUUUGACUGCACCUUUGAUGCACCCAACUGCACCCAACCCCCAGCUCGGGUUCAAAUCCCUGACUGUCCAGUGCCUUGGGACGUCCUCCCGAUGUGAAAGGCGCUAUUUAAAUGUAAUUUGUUUUUGAUGGUCCAGCGCAGGUAGAGGAAGUAAAAAUCUCUCUUUCUCUGUCUAUGUCUCUCUGUUUCUGUCUGAUGUGGCACCAUGAAGGUGGGGGUCAGAGGCUGGCUUUUCACCUCUGGAACCUAGGUACAAACCAGACCCCACAUAGGAGAAGGUUAAGGUCUCUCUCCCUGUAGGGGAAACUGGAUAUGAGUGUGUCUCUUGGCCACUUGGUCCAGAACUAACAUUUAGCCUGGGCUCUACUGUUUUUGACUGCUAAUUGGAAUUGGGGGAAUAAUAAGGAUAUGCAGGUCUACCUGCUUUUAAAUCACUAACUUAGUUCUGGUCUAGAGAGGGGGUAAUGCGGCUGUAGGGGGAUACUGUUCUGUCUUCAGUCCAGAAUGACUUCCAAUAAACUAUUUAAAAACACAA